CCAACUUGUUCAAUCCGAAUUGACAAUUAAGCUUGAGACAGUUCGGUCUGUAUUGGCAACUGUUUUUCUUAAUUUAAUAAGAAAAAACCAUUUUAAUAAUAAUAGUAAUAAUAACAUUAAAUCAAAAGUUUAAAAAAAUCCUUAAAAAAAAGGGUUCCGUAUUCUUCAUAGCCUGUGUUCUUGUGUGAAAAGUCAGCGAGUCCUUCCUUCUCUCUUUCGCUUUCUCUUCAAAGAAUCUGUUUUCUUUUGUUUCAUUCUUUAAAAUUCAAAACCCUGUUUGUUUUUUUACUCCCAAAAAGAUUUGAAUUGAAAAUUUCUGCAUAUUUUUUGUAUUUUCUUCAUACGUUCAUGACUCAGCAUAGCUGAAAAUUCAGCUAGGUUUAGUAAUAAUAUUCAAUGAAAGAGUUAGUUUCAGUUCUAGUUUUAAUCUUGAUUUCUCUGGUUUGUUCUUUGUCGUUUCAUUUUUAGCAUGUGCAGUUUCUUCAGCCUUCCAAUGGAGAAUUUCCAAGGCGAUUUAGAAGAUAUUCUUCGAGCAAGCUCAGGUAACUCGCCGUCUGAUAUUAAUAGUAACGUUAACAAUCCGACUGCUUCUUCUUCUUCAACCUGGCAAUUCCCUUCUUCGGAUCCGUUGAAUUUCACUUUGACUGCGGACGAUCAUAGAGAUUCCUCCUUCGGUGAUCCCUUCUCUUCCAUUGGAGAUCCGCUUCUCCACGAGCUCAACAUGGCGGAUUCGGCCGCUGCCUGCUAUUACACCACUCCAAAUUCGGUUGAUGAAAGUGGCAGUACUUGUUCAGCCAGCUAUCCUCAUCAUCAGCAAAGGGCUUUUGAAGAUGAAUUCAGGAUGCCUUGCAACAUUUUCUCUCGGAUUCAGAUCUCACAAAGCCCGAAGCAGCUGACGGUUUCGCCUGGUGAUUCGCCACCGAGGGGACCUAAGGUGGCUGCUAUGCUUCCGAGCAACAUGAUCAAUGCCACCAGCUCGAAAAGUUCUUUACUUGAUAACACAUCUGGACCUUUGCAGAUCUCAUCCCCGAGGAAUCUGGGCAUCAAAAGAAGAAAGAGUCAAGCAAAGAAGGUGGUUUGUAUCCCGGCGCCGGCUGCACCAAAUAGCAGGUCAAGUGGAGAAGUUGUUCCUUCUGAUCUCUGGGCAUGGAGAAAAUAUGGGCAGAAACCCAUCAAAGGUUCGCCUUAUCCAAGGGGCUAUUACAGAUGCAGUAGUUCAAAGGGAUGUUCAGCGAGGAAACAAGUUGAGAGGAGCCGAACGGAUCCGAAUAUGUUGGUGAUAACUUACACUUCUGAACAUAAUCAUCCAUGGCCGACACAGAGAAACGCUCUAGCUGGCUCAACGAGGUCUCAGCCGUCUAAAAACAACGCGACGAAGAGCUCACCAAGCGCCGGCUCUCAGCCUCAGACUUCAACAAACAACACAAAGGAAGAAGUGAAGGAGAAUAGUAACGACGACACGAUCUCGCCGGUCGUUGGAGCCGGUAAUUCAAGCGCUUCAGUUAAAGAGGAGAUGGAGGAAAUGGAAAAGCCAUUAAAGAUGGAUCCAAAUAGAGAUCAAUUCAGUGAAGGGUUUUCCCAGAUAUACAAACCGCCACUGUCAGACCAAUCUCAGGAAGAUUUCUUCGCCGAUUUGGGAGAGAUAGAAGCCGACCCUCUAAACCUCUUAUUUAGCCAUGGAUUCAGUGCAGAUAUACCUAAAGAAAACAAGGUUUUGGAUCCAUUUAACCUCUUUGAUUGGUCAGGGGACAACAAUAACAAUUCAUUUGGAGAAUCCAAGAGGGGUUUAUAGCAAGACCUUGAAGCACAAACAAGAACAAAUUAAACAAAACAACAAAGAAAUUAAAUUCGAUUUUUAUGCAAGUUUUUGUGGUGCAAAAUUUCAUUCAAGGUCAUGUUUUAAACCUUUAGCUUGCAUUCUGGAUUAAAUUUCAGAUUCUCUUUUUUUCCAUUUUCCAUGUUUUUUCUUGUAAUUUACCAGGACAGUCAGAAAUUAGAAAAAAGAAAGGAAGAUGGUAAAAAAAGAGAGUGCUGGUUGAUUGGGAGCAGAGGCAGAUGAGUCCCACAAUCCUGUUGGAAUAUAGGUGGAUGGGACAGAAAGCUGAGAAACAGAAGGUUCCACAGUUGAAACAAGUAAAGUAAAUCCAUCAGACAUGACUGGCUAACUCAGUGAGUAGACUGAUUUUCGAUGGGAUGGGACUUGCCCUUCCUCUUGCUCUUUCCAUCCGGUGGGAAGAACAUAUUAAUUUCACAAUAAUGAAAUUAUGAAAAUUGAAAUUUUUAUU